AUGUCUUCACUUGAAGAAAUAAGAAAAGCAGAAUAUCCUCAGUUAGAGGAUGUCAUGUUCUUUGACUUUGCGGGAUCAAUGCCCCCUUGCACAAGUCAAUCGAAGAAAUUAGUUGAACUCCAAAUGGAGGGUGUCAGCAAUCCACACUCUCAGGCCCAAAUAAAUAGAUCUACACUUGAUAUGGAAGAUAUGCGAUAUAUUAUAACCGAUCUCUGCAAGACCUCUCUCGAAACAUAUGAAGUUUGUUUUACACAAAAUGCUACACAAGCAAUUCAGAAGUGGUCAGAACUCUUCAAUUGGACAGAAAAAUCACAUUUCUCAUACUUAAUUGAUGACCACAACAGUAUUCUUGGCGUUCGUGCUAUGGCCACGAAGAAAGGUGUCUCCGUUUCAUGUGAAAAGGGCCUUCCAGAAGUCAAAGAAGGAAAUCGUUGCGUUUUUGCCUACCCAAUGCAAUCUAACUUUUCUGGCAAGAAAUAUCCAAUAGAAUGGAUCACAGAAUACCAAAAUAAGGGAGGCUUUGUCUUCCUUGAUGGUGCUGCAGCAACUGCACCAGACUUAUCUGUCCAUAAGCCUGAUUUCGUCUGUCUUUCCUUGUUAAAGUUGUCAGGCGCCCACGGUGGUGCUCUUUUAGUUCGCCGUGAUCGCAUUGACAUGCUUGGCGAGUCAGUUCCAGCCGGCGGCAACGUCUUAUUCUCAUGUGCAAGAAGCGGAGUUUACAAAUUGCUUCCAACUCUCCACCAGCGAAUCGAAGCCGGCACUCAAUCAUACAUCGACAUCAGCCUUGCUCUCAAAGGUCUCGAAAUCCGUCGUAAGAUCGGAACAGAAGACGAAAUCAAGUCAAGAUUAUCCGAAAUUUUAUCCAAGUUCUACAACGACCUCAAAGAACUCAAACACAAUACAGGUUUACCACUUGUCCAUUUCACUCCUGAGCGCGAGGAUUCUUACGGCCCAGUUUUUUCUUUCAAUCUUUUCGAUGCUAACGGCUACUUAAUCUCCUACCAAGACGUACAGUACUUAUUCAGUGUUUUCAACGUUGUUGCGAGAUUCGGCGGCCACUGCAAUCCAGGCAGCGGAUUCCCUGCACUCGGCUGGAAGGAAGAAGACAUCGAGAAGAUCGCCGAAGAGAACGAGAAAGGCGGAAAGUGCCUUUCCUCUCUUUGCGAGAUCCAAGGACGUCCUGUUGGAACAAUCAGAAUUUCAUUUGGUUCGACAACAACAUCCAACGACUGCGAUCGCCUUGUCGCCUUAAUGAAGCACCAUUUCCUCAACGGCGGUCCAUGCCCACCAGUUGGAGACGUAGUUGUUCCGAUGACAAUCCAGAGGCUGUUUAUUUUCCCAGUCCAAUCAGCUCCAGGCUUCGAAGUGAAGGAGUGGAAGUUGACUCCAUUCGGUUUGCUGCACGACAGAAUGUGGAAAAUCAUGGAUGCAAGUGGCGUACAGCUUAGAACGACAAACUGUACACAAGUUGCAACAUUGAAGCCAACUGUCGAAGGAGAUAAGCUCAAACUUAGAAUCAACGGAGAAGAAAUCGCAGUUCCAAUUGAUAAUUUCGAAGAAUUGGCUGAAUGUCCAGAAAAGGUCAAAGAAAGCGGCCAAGUAUAUAAGGGAGAGGUCAAUCACUUCCUUUCCAAGCAUUUAAGUAGAUGCUGCUAUCUUGUUAAGUGCGAUCCGACAAAGAUUGGAAAGAUGGCAUUCUCCGCUGUCACAGAAGAGUCAAUGCAACACCUGAACCCUGGUUUCGACAUCUGGAGACUCAGAAUCAACCUCCUUUUGAACGGAGCUCCAGCAUUUUCAGAAGAAGGUGAAGUUAAAGGAAAAUUGCAGAUAGCUGAUGUUCCAAUCACUGCUUGGAGAUGGAGAAUCAUUUGCAAUACUUCUUCUGUUGAUAUAGAAACAGGAAUUUCUGAUAAGUCAAUCUUCAGAGAAAUUUUGAAUGAAAGAAGUAGAAAUGGUGCUUUCACGUUUGGUGUCCUAUUCGCAACUAACACAAAUAGCCAAAUAAAGGAUAUCAAAGUAGGUGAUAAGAUUACAAAUAUGUAA